UGCAGUGGCAGCUCAUCAUCUCACUGAGGAAACGGGCUCAUCUUCACUCAGGACCAAAAUGCUCUUGGAGUCAAACCACAGCGUGACCUUUAACCUCAGCACGCCGGCCCCCGGCGGAGGCUGCCCCCCGGUGGGGAUCCAGCUGGAGGGCGUGAUCCUGCCCCCGGUGCUGACGGUGGACGUGGUGCUGGGGCUGCUGGGUAACGUCCUGGCCCUGUGGAUCUUCUGCUGGAAGCUCCCCAGCUGGAGCCCCAACAGCCUGCUGCUCUUCCAGCUGGUGGCGGCCGACUUCCUGGCCCUGCUCAGCCUGCCGCUGAGGAUCCACGCGCUGCUCGCCGGCCACUGGGUGUUCGGGGACGCCAUGUGCCGCCUCAACCUCUUCCUCAUGUUCACCAACCGCUCCGCCAGCAUCGCGCUCAUGACCGUGGUGGCCAUCUACCGCUACUUCAAGGUGGUCCAUCCCCACCACCGUUUAAACCGCAUGACCAAGCGGCAGGCCGGGUGGGUGUCGGCGGCGGUGUGGCUGCUGGUGGUGGCUCCUCGGGCGCCCAUGUUGGCCUACAGCCACAUCAAAGGCAGCGGCAACGGCACGCAGUGCUUCUUCUUCACCUCCUACAAAGAGAGCUCCCGCGCCCUGCUGGCGCUGGUCGCCACGCACCGCCUCCUCACCGUGCUGGAGUUCGUGUUCCCGUUCGCCCUGCUGCUGUUCUGCUCCCUGCGAAUCGCCGGGUUCCUGCGCCGGCGGCAGAUGGGGAAGCCGGACAAGGUGCGCAAGGCCAUCCGGGUGUGUGUGGUCAUCAUCGCGGUGUUCCUGGUGUGCUUCCUGCCCACCACCGCCACCACCGUCGGGCUGUGGGCGGUGCGCUCCUUCCGCCCGUGGGACUGCGCCGCCUUCUACACGCUCACCCAGCUCACCAUCGUGUCGUUCGGGCUGAACUUCCUGAACUCGGCGCUGGACCCGCUGGUCUACGUCUUCUCCAGCUCCACGUUCAGGAAGGCUCUGGUCUCCUCGCUGCCCCGCCGCCUGCGCUGCCAUCAGGACGCCGCCACGUCGGAGACGUCAGGAACUCAGUCCACGAGCGAGCAGGAGCUGAAGUCCAUGAGGGCGGAGCGGGGCAGCGAGGCACGGUGAUCCACUGCU